AUGUUCAAAUUCAUCGUUGCAGUAUUGAUGGGGGUCGCAUGUCCCCUGGCCGUGUGGAGGUUUGGAACUCUUUCCAGACGUUUAGAUGCUCAACACUAUGGUGCAGCCCAACGCAAACGACCGCCGUACAAGCGUAACUACAUCGACACAUAUGUCGGGCCUGUGCUGAUUCUGCACACUAUCUGGAGUCUUUCGCUUCUCGGCGCCGCCCUAGACGCAUGUAUGACAAAGAACUACACCUCUCUCGAUGACUUAGUCCCUCCCAUCAAUCCUUACAAGUUACUCAAAGACAACUAUCCGGUCAUCCUGACGAUCAGAGGCUGUGUAUCCGGUCUCCUCUCGUACGUCAUAAUGAGGAUAAUAUACUUUUACUCCUUCAAGCAGCAGCAAAUCGCAACGCUCAAACAGGCGCUGGGGACCACCCCAGACCGACUCAAAGUCGUGCGUGAGGUGCUGCAGCAGGAAAGGAAGCUGCUACAUGAGAGCAGGCAGGCUUUGUACGGCGAAAGAGCCCAGCGACGCGAGGAGAAGGAACAGUUGGAUGAGGCGUGGGAGCAACUACACAAAGAUCGGGCGCAGUUGCAGAAGGACCAGGCACGCUCGGUGGAGGAAGAAGCAAAAUUGUCCGGAGGGCGAAGGUGGUCCCAAGGUGGCCGGAUCCGUAAAGACCGAGACAGCAUGGCCGAGAACCUCCGUCGUCAAAUCAGGGCCACAGUUGAUCUCAAGAAUCAUAGAGACGCACUUCAGGAACAAUGUGAUCAGUGGCGUGCCUGGUACGACGGGCGAAUCCAAUCUGCAUCCCAAUUCGUACAGAAAAAAGCCUCAUAUCGCGACAAGAUACGCCAUCUCGAAGCGACCAACGCAAAGUCUCAGGAAGACCUCAUUCGAAUCACCAGCGAGCUCAACGAGAUGCGCAGCCAGUGCACGAUCGACCUGGCGCGAUGGAAAGUGCCGCGAUCCCAACAACAAGACCGGCAAGGCUACGGGGUGAAACAAAUUGCGGCACCGCCGCCGUCUUCCGACCCAGCUAGUGUACAUGAACGUCAACCGGCUCUCUUGAGCGGCGUCACAUCGACUCUCUGGAACUACGUCAGAUAUCUGGAAGCGAAACUUGACGCCAACGAUGGUGUUGCCCUUCCUAGAGAGUUCGAAGUGCUCGAAGACGCAGUCUGUUCGCUACAUGAAGCUACCGUUGUCGUCAAUGAGCGCGACAAGGCUUUUCAGGCCAGUGGCGUCAUAGCGCCGUCAGAAGAGAGCGAUGAGGACACUUGGAGCGUCGUUGGAGAAGACUGA